AUGCCCGGCAGACUCGAUCUCCGCACAUUUCCACAUUGCUGCGGGGGAUUGCCGGAGUACAUGUCCACAAAGGGAGUACAUGACCGAGCAGGGAACUUUCCCCUGCGGUUUAUGUUCGGUUUCGACCACCCCAUCAUCUCUUACAGAAAAAUUUCUGUCCAGCGAUCUCUGUACCGGUGUUUGUUGAUUUGGUACCCAUAUGAAGCAAAAAUCGGCCGAACAAGCUUUCUCGGGAGCUCUCUAGCUGCUAAGGAGAGCGUAGUGGUGUUUGUGAAGCUCCCCACAGCGGAAAUGAAGGACCGAGAUUGGGAGUUUGUGGGGAAAAGGCGGGGGAAGUUACUGGGCUUGGACCCCGUCAACUGUUGUGAUGUUGUGAUUCGCAGGCCGGAUAAGACGUCUUCCGGAGAGGAGCUCCCAAGGCCUCAACAACAUCCUGUGCUUGGUCUGGGCACAGUAUCUAUCUUGAUGAGGGAUAUUUGCAAUCACCGGUGCCAGGUUUGA